UUAGGUUAUUUUCAAGUACAUAGUUUGGUAAUAACCGGAGUUUCAGAGUUUGCUUGUUGUUUAUCAAAGUUGCAUGUCAGAAGAGUUUGUGUACUAUAUGUAACUAAAAUUUCUAUAUUUAGAAAUUAUGGUUUUAGAGUCAACCAACCGUUAAACAGUUUUGACCUGUUCUAAAAAGCUGUCCUCAUACUAAACUAAGGUCUUAAAACUCAAAAAACACCUGAUAUCUCUCUGUUCAUGUUUCUUUCUCUCUUUUUUGCAACUUCUUCGUAUAUCACCAGGUAUUGAAACAGAAAUUUCAUCCACCGAGUCUUUUUAGAUUUUUUGGAUUUGGAUUCGAUAAAACAGGAAAAGAAGAAAAUGUCUGAGCUACGAACUGGGUUCCUAACAAUGGCGACCAUAAUCCUCAUAUGCAUGGGCUUAACUAUGACGGGAACAGGUUUAUAUUAUAGAAAAACAGUCUCACAAUGUAUCCGAGAGACCGAUCGCAGUUUCAUUGUCAUUGGUUUGCUCUUGCUGGUGAUUCCUCAGUUUGCUCUUUACGCAAUCUGCUUUCGCUCCAAACGUAUGUUCACAACUUACAUAUAUGCAAUGAUAUUCGUAUGCAUUGUCCUUGGUGGCUACUCUUUAAAGUGUUUCAUCUACAAUACAACCUUCGGAAUCGCCAAGAACCCGGCCGAGGAUAAGCGAACCGCCAAGCAACUGGUCGGUCAGUUGGUCCCUGCAAGUAAACUUGCAAAAGUCACGGACUGCAUCAUUCAUAACCAUAACUGUAACUACAAUGCCAGCCAAAACAGCAAUGUUUGGAAGUUUUGCUGCGCACAACCAAAAGGAUGUGGAGAGAGGACAAUGUUCGGGCAGCCAGGAGAAUGGAGUUGGAAACAUCAACACGUAGAGAACCAUGUUCCUGAAUAUUGUUCAUACGAAUACUGUCUGAGUUGCAGAGGUUGCCAGCUGAGCAUCUUAAAAGCCAUAGUUCAUCAAUGGAAAUAUCUCUCCAUGUUCUCUUAUCCUUCACUCUUUCUCGUUUGUGUCAGCCUCGCCAUUGCCAAGUCCAUUUUUGACACUUUCGAUGAACCCGAUGAUUAUCGAGGCCAUUAUACUUGAAAAUUUCAUUUUCCUUGCGUCAAACUCAAAUGUACAUGAUAGUUCGGGACUAGGUUUUUUCUUUGGUUUAUUUCAGAUAUAAUCACUUGUUUC